AUGAGAGGCCUCAAGUACGAAUGGAUCACCGACAUCAACGUCAAUCUACUCGGAAGCAACGCCAGAGUCGAGUUUCUUGUGACUGAUGACGCCACUGCGAGAGAACAAGCUGAAGCAAAGGCUGAAAAGCUCGUUGAGACCAUCGAAGAUAUGGGAUUCGACGCCUCUUUGAGCCGCCUCGCACCUGUCGAAUCCCCCGAUCGAGGCAACGGACCAACCCGAACGCUGGAGCUUAAAGUCGACGGCAUGCACUGUUCCAAGUGCCCCGGAUCCGUUCUUAGGAGCCUCAAUGGCUUUCGGGCCUUGACAGUGAUUACCGCACCCACCGAGAAGUCGCCCUUGUGCGAAAUCACAUACACUCCGUCACCUGACUUCUCGAUCCGCAACAUCAUAGCCGCAAUCAACGCGAACGACAAACUCUCUGCGUCUAUCCAUCAUCCAGAGUCCCCUGACGCUAUCUCGAAGCGGAUGCAUGCCAUACGUCAAAGACAGGUGUUGUGGCGCGCCAUCUUUACCCUCGUCAUUGCGAUUCCUUGUUUCGUCAUUGGCAUCGUCUACAUGUCGUUUGUGUCCGAGGACGUUAUCAUCAGAAAAUUACUCAUGGAACCCUGGGUUUCUGGCAUUAACAGAGCUCAGAUUGCCCUCUUUAUUAUGGCAUCUCUAGUUUAUGUCUUUGGGGCCGACAUUUUCCACAAGAAAGCGUGGAAGGAGCUCCGAAGUCUGUGGAAGCGCGGAAGCCGAACUCCGAUAUUGCAACGUUUCUAUCGAUUCGGUUCCAUGAACAUGCUCAUGUCCCUUGGAACCACCAUCGCCUAUCUGUCCUCCGUCGCCCAGCUCAUCGUAGCCGCCGUGGCCCAACCCGAGCGGAUGAGCGACGAGGAUGUGUACUUCGACUCGGUCGUCUUUCUGACCUUGUUCCUCCUGACAGGUCAACUCAUCGAAGGCUACAGCAAGUCCAUGACGGGAAAUGCCAUCGAGAUGCUUGGAAAGCUUCGCCCUACAACCGCCAUUCUGGUCGAGAAAGAUGCCCAAGGCAACAAUAUUGACACAGUCGUCGAGGCUGAUUUACUGGAGAUCCGGGACAUCGUCCGCAUUCCAUACGGCUCCUCGCCUCCAUGCGAUGGGAAGUUAGUGGAGGGAGAGACCAAUUUCGACGAAUCGAGCGUCACCGGCGAAUCACGACCCAUCAAGAAGAUUGUCGGAGAUACAGUGCUCUCUGGGACAGUGAACAAAAGCGCUCCUAUCCUUAUCGAAAUCACCGGUGCCCCCGGACAAUCGCUGCUAGAUCAAAUAAUUGAUAUCGUGCGGGAAGGCCAAGCGAAACGAGCACCGAUCGAACAAUUUGCCGACAGUCUGACAGCGUAUUUUGUUCCCGGGAUUACACUGCUGGCAAUUCUGACCUGCCUGAUUUGGGCUAUACUGGGAUAUUCGGGUGCUGUGCCUGCAAGUUACCUCGAAGGAAUAUCGGGCGGCUGGUUCGCUUUUUCCAUCAAGUUCGCCAUUGCCGUCUUCGUCGUCGCUUGUCCCUGUGGCAUCGGUCUUGCCGCUCCAACUGCCACAUCCGUUGGAGGUGGGCUUGCAGCCAAGUAUGGAGUUCUUGUCAAAGGUGGCGGGGAGUCUUUUGAGAUAGCCAGUCGUAUCGACUGUGUCGUUUUUGACAAAACAGGGACACUGACCGAGGGCGGAGAGCCUACCAUCACCGAUUUUCAGCUGUACGAUCAAGGCGAGGAAACCAACGAGGACUCAAGCGCUCUCUGGGCUGUCGUGCGAGCGGUUGAGGAGAACAGCAGUCAUCCUAUUGCCAAAGCCAUUGUAUCAUUCUGCAGCUCCAAAACACAACAACGGGCAGAGGUUGUUGACAUUGAAGAAACACCUGGGAGAGGAUUGAAAGCUACAUCCGACGCCCUCGUUCCAGAGUUGGACGGAUUCGAGAUUGUCGUCGGAAACGAAGCCCUGAUGCGUGAAUACGGUGCACACAUUUCGGCAAGUCUGUCAUCAACCCUACAACGUUGGAAGACGCAAGCCAAAUCCGUCGCUCUUGUCGCUAUGAAGCCUACCAGCUCCGACGACGAAGAAAGUAGCUCUUUCAGCAUUGCUGCUGCCCUGUCCAUUUCCGACCCCGUCCGCGCCGAGGCCUCUGCCGUUAUUCACACUCUCAGAUCUCAGAACAUCGAUGUCUGGAUGCUUUCCGGCGACAACCAAACCACGGCGAGAGCAGUAGCCCUGCGUAUUGGCAUUCCAGAGGACAACGUCAUCUCCGAGGUCAAACCUAACGAGAAAUCAAAUAAGAUCAAGGAGUUGCAGUCGUCCCUGAAGGCUAAGAGGUCUAUGGAAAGAGCAACCGUGGCUAUGGUUGGCGACGGGGUGAACGACGCUCCUGCCUUGACAGUCGCAGACGUCGGAAUCGCAAUAGGAUCUGGUUCGGAUGUCGCGAUCGGGUCCGCUGACUUCGUGCUGGUCAAGUGCGACCUCCGGGGCAUCGUCACCCUUAUACAGCUGAGUCGGAAGGUGUUCGGUCGGAUCAAGGUCAACUUUGCUUGGGCUCUGGUCUACAACCUGUUAGCAGUUCCGGUUGCGGCAGGCGCGUUCUACGCUAUAGAAACACCUUCAAGGGGUCACGUGAGGCUUGAUCCAGUCUGGGCCAGUUUGGCUAUGGCGAUGAGCUCUAUUAGCGUGGUUUUGAGCAGUCUGGCGCUACGUAGUGGAAUUCCGGGCUUGGGAUAUAGGGAGACUAAAAUAGGGGCAUAG